AUGUUUAAAGAACUUAUCACAAGCAUUUUAAUUAAUAUUUCAGUAAAAAAGACUAAUAGAAAAUUUCAAAUACAAACUAAUAAUGAGAUUAGAAUUUGUGCAGAAGAAGAAUUUAAUAAAUUUUUUACAAUAUUUGAAGAUUGGGUUAUUAGUAAAACAACUAAAGAAAAUUUGAAUGGUUAUUAUAAAAAAUAUGAUUAUAUAUAUUUGAAAAUAUUAGUUCCAAAAUUUAUUUAUAAUCAACGAGUUGAAACAUAUAUUUAUCAUCAUUAUUAUAAAUCAGAUAAUUUUAUUCGUAAUUUAAAUACUGGAACAUUAUAUAUAAUAGAAGAUAAAAAAAUAUUCAACUCUUAUUUAUUAGAAGUUAUUGAUGAACUUUUUAUAUACAAUAUAAUUGAGGAAAGAGUUGUAUUCUUAUUAACUGAAGAGUUUGUUAAAUUUCAAGAUGAUAAUUUGAUAGAAUUAACAAAUAUUGAAUAG